UAAACAUUGCAUUUAAAUUAUUGUGCGAAAUCGCAUAUACAAAUACUUAUCAGCCAUAAGUGGUUAUCAAUGCAGCCCUGGUUAGGCGCGUCGCUUUACUUACCUACCGUACUUUUGCAUUUUAUCAAACUUUUCGUGCUUACCAAAGACAAAGUUGUUAUUAAUUAAAUGAUAACAUGGAAAUAGUCAAACGAACAUUUUUACGUGCUUGUAUAAAUCACAGCUGCCUUGAUCAUGAUCAAAUUGAUAAGAUAUUAACACCGCUCUGUGAACAGCAUCAAGUGACAAAACCCGCGAACCAAGAGGCUUUACACGAAUUCGUUAAGAGCAUAGAAAACACAAUAAAGGAGCUUAGUCAAUCGCUGAAAUUUAUGAUUCAUCCAAUAACUGGCAAGGAGUAUUUGGUGUUUGCCAUCACGGAUGCAACACCUGAUAAACAGAAUCAUCCUGGUCUGACGACAGAGGAAUGUCUCUAUUUUUCCAAUCUGUUGGAGAAACUUGGCCAGCAUGAAGACUGCCACAUAGCCUGGAACGAGGCGUAUUCUGACUUGGAUUUUAAAGGCUCAGCCAAGCCGCCCAAGAAGCUGCGCAUGCAGACACUACUUCAAUUAUGGACCGAAAUGGGCUACUUUCUGGAGUCGGGCGACAGACUCUAUCUGGGUCCACGCAGCAUCGUCGAGUUCGAAUUUUAUUUGCGCUCCAACUUUGCGGACACGAUCAAGGAAUGUGCCCUCUGCAAACAGCUGGUGCUUUGGGACAUUAAGUGCACAGAUUGUGGCACUAAAAUCCAUAGAAUUUGCAUACGAAAAUAUUUGCGUACCCGCUCCAACUGCCCCACCUGUGGCAACAAGUGGUCCACGCGUCUUAGUCAGUAAGAGAAUUAGCAAAUAUUAAGUUUAAUUUAGGAAUAUG